GCUGAUUUGGAGUCUCCAAAGAUGCCCAAGAUGAAUCCCAGAAAACCUGAUGUGAUGCUGUCGGCUGUGCGUUACCCUUCAUGUAGUGUAUGAAGGGGAGGCGAUAUUUUAUGGCUCAACUAAAACACUUAACGCUUUGAAUCAUUACCACCCACCAGGUCUCGCUGUCCUUGCAGUGUGUUACAUCCCUAAUACCUUCUGAACAUCCUUGGAGUUCCACCUGGGACACCCCCCCCCAUUGCAUUCUUUAUUCAUGUGAAGAGCAGGUGACAGGUGAGAACUUAAAGGCCAUACAUCUCACAACCUCUUCCUCCAAUGACAGGCUCGCUUGUGAUGAAUCCCAUCAUAUAUCUCCCUGUCACAUUUGAAUCCUGCCCGGGUAUUUCACCAUGUCCAUCUGAGCCCUCUUUCAUCUGCUGUUGCUGCUGCUGCUUUCAACAAAGCAAUUUUACCCAGGGUUAUAUGGCCACGUGCCUGCUUUAUCCAUGAUUUAUGCGUGCCGAGUUCCAUCAGUUGACCUGGGUCACUGGGAAAGACCAGAUUAGUGAUGCACCCUCAAAUCAUGUAUUUGGCCAGUGGUCUUGACCUCUGAAAGAUUUAGCUCUGUAAUUAUUCAUAAUUAGUGCAUUACAAGCUAUGGUACAUGCACAUCUGAUAUACUGUAUGCACUUUGUACAUCUGAUAUGCAUGUGUUUUGUUCUCCCUCCAAAAGCAUGGUGGUUGACAGCAGUCUCUUUAUCUUGGCAUUCAUGUUGUUUUCAACCACCAUACCAGUAAAUACUGUAAUUUGUGGCUGGGUUUUAAGCAUGCAUUAUGCAACAUUUUAUUAAGUAUAAGCUCAAUGUUUAAACAAUUCAUCUAUUUCAGAAAAAGUUUCAAUCAGUUGUGAGGUGACCUUGAUAUUCCCAGUAGGGAGAUGCUUUUUGGUGGAAAACCUUAGAAACAUCUUAUUCACAAUUUAUUGCACAGGAGUCUCAGGAGUGUAGGCUUUGCAGAGCAAGUCCCAUGUAUUCAGCUGUGAGACCUACCCUUUGUCUUCGACAGGUGAAGAAACAUAUCUAUAUGGCAACAUUUCUCUGACAUUAAAGCAAUUUGUAAUUCUAAAUUGAUAUAUUCUUAAUACUUAAGAACUUAAAGAUAAACAUUUCUUUACAAUAGGUAUUAAGUGUGUUUGUUUAAAAUAAUUUUUGGUGGGAAUUUUGAACAUUCAUAAUGCUGUGAAAUUUUAGCUUUGUAUAAAUGCAUGAAAAAUAUCUGAGGCUUUUUUUUUCUUUCUUUUUUUUAAAUUCAUUUUAAAAUGACCAGUUUUCUCUUGAAUUUUCAGAAGAUGAAGAUGGCUUGUCAAGAGUGGCUGGAUCCUCCAUCUUUACCUUUCAGAAAGUUAAACACAGCCACAGCAUGGCCCAAACUGCAAGUGAGCUGGCUCGGACUCCUGGAAUAAGCGUGAGUUUCAGCACGACCCCAAACUUUGAACCCUCAACCCCCAAUCGAACGGGGCGGAACCCUAGAGGUGAAAGCAGAACUCCACAGAAGAGCAAAAAGCUCCAGUUUGUCUCUACAACACCACACAGGCUCAGGAAGAGAAUAGCAACUCCAAGCUUGCGGUCAGACAGCAGUGAGCUUUCACCCUCUGACUCUGUGAGGAGGAGGAUGAAGAUGGGCUGGAGGAAGAGCAGAAAGGAAAGAAAGAGGAUAAAGAGAACGUGACCACACCGAGAACUCCCAGUAAAGGUUUAUCAGCAGCUCUCUACAAGACUCCUGACAAGAAGAGCAAGAGCACGCCCUAACCUCAGAACCAGCCCAGUAUGGUUGAGGAGUACUUCGAAGCUCACGGCAGCUCGAAAGUGUUGACAUCAGACCGAACUCUGGAGCGUUUGAACACCCCUAAACUUGACAGGGAAACAUUAGUCCGACUUCUGGAGGGGAAACAAUCCUGCUACUCAAAAGAGAUCCAGCAGCUGCACGACAAACACAGAAUCCACUUUAGCAAUUAGAAUGAGUGAAGCUACAUAAACAUUUAAGUUAGCAGAGCUUGCCAGCCAUCAUGGAAAUCCGAUAACAACACGGUGGGGGCUCGCUUCACAUUCAAAAUUUAAACGAAGGAUUUUAAAAGCAUUUGGUGUGGGUUAAAGCAGUACACCAGUAGGCUAUACGUUUGACAUCCACACAAAUUUCACUGAUUCACAACAACAGAGGAUCGUCGUGCUCAUAGCGCACAUAGUUGCUAGGUAACGGCAUGUCGCCGUCAUCCCGGAUGUAGGCGGAGCUUAGCGCGAGAAUCCCUUUGAUCCUUUGAUGUCUUAUUUGACGUUGCGUUAGAAAAAUCCCCAAAUAGGGGUUAGUUACCCUUUGAGUUUAGUAAGAAGCAUUGCUUCGCAGUCGAGCGCAACGGUUAACAGAAAACAUCAAUACAAAUACAGAGAUGAGUCAUUUGACUGAAGUUAGGGAAAGUAUAAAAUCCAAAAUUAACGACUUCUUUAUGAAGGUUACCGAAGAACAGUGGCAUGCACUGAAAACAGGGUGCGCAGAUGAAUACACCAAGCAGGUACUUGGCAUGUUUACAUCUGACUUGUUUCAUAUCACCAUGGCUGAACUCAUGCCAAUGAUUAAGGACUUUGAGGGUGGUGUCGACCCAGCUGAGAGCCUCAGCUUGGGGGAGACGAGUUUACAGGGAGUCGGGGAGAAAUCGAAGCACUGUGCGUGCUGCUCCCAUUCGUCCACCCAGCACAUGAAUCAGGAGGAUCCACAAUUAGCUGAUCUGGUAUCAGAUUCAGAAUUAGCACAGGGGCCAAAAAAUGGACCAGUGGAUGGUGUGAAGAUGGUGGACGCUCAACUGUUGGACCAACAGCUGCUCGUUAAAGAGCUCCUAAAUGCUGUAGUUGCACGCGCCUCGAGAAAGGCAAAGGUGCCGCCAACAGACUCGAUUCAACAGCAACUCUUCCCGGCUCUGUGGGCGCAAAUUAAAGAAAAACCUCUAAACAUCAAACAAAAUAGACUGAAAAGUCUUGAAAAAGCUAUUUUUAAAGACAUUACAAAGCUCCUGGUUAUUCCACCUGAUCACGUUAUCAUUGCGCUACCAAUAGUUCAAGAAGUGGUCAUUUAUGUAUUUAAACAUCACCUCUUCCGAAAGAAGCGAAACCUACUUAGAAGGCUAUUCGCAUGGUGUGGAAUUACUGAAGAUGAUGGAGACCAACCAUCAGAAACUAAGAUCUCCAAAACACUUUUACAGGACUUUAAAACUAAUAUAUUUCCAGUACCGUGGGAAAAAUCACUAUCUGGUGUUAGAGGCAGCUCUUAUGAUGCUGACCAAAAAGAGCAUGUGAGCACACUUAUUCACGCUGUGCUCUCACAUGCUGCAAAGCCUUCCCUCCACAAACCUUCCGUUAAACUUCACAAACUACUGUUAGACAAGGUGAUGUCUGAUGACCGCAUCAAAGACUUGUAUAUUAACGAGAAAAAAUUAAUAGGUCUGGAUGAGGUCAUUUACCAAGAGCUCCGCAACAACACAUUCUGUGAAGACAAGAAUAUGAUCGUGUUACUGAAUGACGGGGACCCGGUAGUGCAAAAAUUGACGAUCAAUAUAAUUAAAAAGUACUUGAUCGAGUUGAUGGAAGAUCCAGCCCUUAGCACGGCUGAAGAAGUUCAAAAAUACAGGUCUUCUUUGGAAGUCUGUAUUGAGGACUUGGUGAAGCAUGUCUUUGAAAAUGCCGAGUCACCCCGCUCUCCUGAAAAAGCCGAUGCCAUCUCCAAACGGCUGUUCAGUAAAGUCUGGCCGCGAAUCAAAAAAAUUCAAAUCCCCGCUGAACAUGUGAUAUUCCUCAGUGACAUGGUAUACAAGUCUCUCAUAGAGAAAUGGGAAGACCCAGCUGUGAUUCUGACGUUCAUGUCAUUGGAACACAGAUACGUUUAUGAUGUCAUUAUUCAGGUCUUCAAAGAGCAUGCCGUAUCUAUAUUGGAAAAUCAACCUUUCAUCAGCAGAUUCUUUUCCUCUGUGGGUCGAGCUACGGGGUUCGCACACAGACAAAACAAAUGAAUGUUCUGUAAGCAAUCCAUCAGGAUUGACUGUAAAUAUUUAUUUAAAAUCAUUUGGACAGUUUAAGUGUAUUAGUUGACAUCAAACUCUUUAAAUUGGCCAACAAGUCAUUUUAUAAACCCCACGACCGGCCGAGGCAGAUGGCCGUCCCUCACUGAGCCUGGUUCUGCCGGAGGUUUCUUGCUUUUAAAAGAAAGUUUUUCCUCCCCACUGUCGCCAAGUGCUUGCUCAGAGGGAAUUGUCAGAUUAUUGGGGUUUUGUUUUUUGUCAACUAAUACACAGCUUAUCUUAUUGGGCACUCUAAAUUGAUUUUUUUUUUUUAAUUAAUAAAAUUCUAAAAAGAUUAUAUUGUGAAUAUUGCGUGUUUUUAUUGUCACACAAAUGUCUACAUUUUUAGCCUAGACUGAACACGUGUGUGUGUCAUUGUAUUCAAUCAAAGAUUUUGGUAGCAACUAUUGUAUAUGGCAGAUGUUUUACUCUGAUUACACAAACCUUAUGUAGGAGUAGGUCACAGAUAACAGGUAUUCAUUUGUAAAUUUGACCUCUGACCUCACAUUGAUACAGGAUGACAGGAUAUUUGUAUGUAAACUAUAAUGUGAUAUUUAGAAUCCACAUAUAUCCACAUAUAUUGGUAUAUAAUCUCCUAAAUGUUGCCAAAGUGACCAAUCUGUAAAGUUGAGGUUACCAAAAAUUGUGUUGAACCCAUCACAUGGGUUAAAUUACCAUUAAUGUUUGGGUUAAGAUUUCUUCUUAUUAUAAAAUUAAAUUCAUACAAACUAGAUUCAAAACAGAUUUUCUCAAAAAAUCUUUUUAUUGCCAUAUGACGUUGCAAAACCACACCCAGGUGUAAUGAAGUUUACUUGCUGAUUCGUGCAUGUAUAGCACAUACUUAUAAAUAUACCUAUAGAAAUAUGCUGGUUGAGCCAAUCAUGCAAUAGAAUUUAAUUGCAUGGGAAAUAUCUGAAGUG